AUCGUACAUCAGCGAUCACUUAUACUACUCACUACUUCUACAUAUACCAAGCAUACGCCAACGUCAUCAUGCUUCGCAGCGCACUCCGUACCGCUACCGCCACUGCUGGUGCCUCAACCUCGAGGCUUGUUGCCACACCCGCCGUCUCCACAUCGGUGCGACCUUCGUUGUCGCAGGCCUCUAAGCUCGCAGCUGUACCCACCGUCAGCUCGAACAGACUCUAUCACGAGAAGGUCAUUGACCACUACGAGAACCCUCGAAAUGUCGGUUCCUUCCUCAAGACGGAGAAGAAUGUCGGCAUCGGACUUGUCGGUGCACCGGCUUGUGGUGAUGUGAUGAAGCUGAGCAUCAAGGUCAACGAGGCCGGUAUUAUCGAGGACGUUCGUUUCAAGACCUUUGGCUGUGGAUCCGCCAUUGCUUCUUCCAGCUACAUGACGGAGCGAGUCAAGGGAAUGACUCUGGAGGAGGCUGGAAAGAUUAAGAACACCGAGAUCGCUCAGGAGUUGUCGCUGCCACCCGUCAAGCUCCACUGCUCGAUGCUGGCAGAGGACGCCAUCAAGGCUGCCAUUCGAGACUACGACAGCAAGCGAAAGGCAACGGGCAACAUGAAGGCCGGACACAUCGACGUCUCUCAGUCCGUCACAACCGGUCAGACUACGGCCACUGCCCACGUCGGAUCUGGCACUGUCUAAAUAUAGCUAGCAGCUUUGACCCGUAGGCAGGCUGCAUGGUUUCCUCAGUCUUCUGAUAGGCCGACUUUCAUGACUUGAUUCACACAUCGCGCUCCGUCUUCACCUACCCUUCCCUCUGAUCACUGUGUUCACGCUAUUCUCUCUUGUACUCUUUACUGCUUCUGGCACGCCGUCGUCGAGAAAAAUCAGAAGAAAGGCUUUUGCUAUUUCAAGGUGACAAGAUGAGUGAUUUGUCGGUCUGGGACGACUUGGGAUUCGCUUGCCUCAGUGUCGAUGUCGUGCCAGAUGAGACUUUGUAUCCAUGUAGACAUCGAUCCGCGCAGCGAAAUUUUGCGUGAGGAGAUGUACGG